AUGGAGAUCACUGAAGUAUUAAUGAACCUCGAUAAUGGAGAAAUCACAAAUAAAGAAAUUGAAAUUGAAGCGGAGGGGGAUGUACAAGAAUUAUUUUUUUCACCUUCAGUCUCUUUACCUUUGGAAAAAGCUAGAAAAAAAUAA